UCCGUUUGGAGGCUUCUUUGAGCUCGCAGAGUAGACAUCAUGAGCAAAGCCCACCCUCCCGAGUUGAAGAAAUUUAUGGACAAGAAGUUAUCAUUGAAAUUAAAUGGUGGCAGACAUGUCCAAGGAAUAUUGCGGGGAUUUGAUCCCUUUAUGAAUCUUGUGAUAGAUGAGUGUGUGGAGAUGGCAACUAGUGGGCAACAGAACAAUAUUGGAAUGGUGGUAAUACGAAGAAAUAGUAUCGUCAUGUCAGAAGCCUUGGAACGAGUAUGAACAACGGCUGUGUUCACCAGAGAAGUCAACUGCUUCCGUGUGUCUCCUUCUCCACAUUUCACUAGCAGAAAAAUUG